GUGCAGUACCACUGCUGUAAAAAUAUUAUCUACAAACGUGCGCAGUACCAUCGAACAACUAUUUACUAUACUGAAUUACGAGUGAACGUGAUGGAUUGCGGUGAUUACGAUAACAAGAAUUACAGUAUCCAACGUUAAUGGCGUAGUCUUUUGUUAUUUUUGUGUUUUAAAAUUUUCGUUUUUAAAGAGUUUUCGAAAUUUGAACGGGCUUGGUUGACUGUGUGUAUGAAAAAUAUUGUCGUCUGUGACUAUUAGUGAUACGUAACUAUAAAAACAUGAAUGAAAAGGGCAUAAUCAGUUUGAGUUUCAAUCAAGAUCGUACUUGUUUUGCCUGUUGCACUGAAACUGGCCUAAGAAUUUACAAUGUUGAACCUGUGUCGCCAAGAGAGAAGUUUGAUUUUGGAGGUGUAUCAAAAUGUGAGAUGCUCAAUCGAACAAAUCUCUUUGCCAUAAUUGCUGGUGGAAAAUAUCCAAAAUAUUCUCAGAACACUGUACUGAUCUAUGAUGCUUUAUUGCAAAAAUUUGUGAUGGAAAUUACUUGUGCCUCCAAUGUAAAAUCUGUACGAAUGAGGAGAAAUAAAAUAAUAGUUGUGACUAUGGACAAGAUAUCUGUUUUUACAUUUCCUUCAGUUGUUAAGCACAUAAUUAAUUUGGAUACUCGUCCAAACCCGAUGGGACUGUGUGAAAUUACUCCUUUAGAAACUUCCACAAAGCAAAUCAUUGCAUAUCCUGGAAAUAAGAUUGGUAGCAUUCAUCUUAUGGAUGUUUCAAAUUUAGAAGCAACAAGUUCUAGUGCUCCUGCAAUUCUCAAUGCUCAUCAGGGAGAGAUUUCUUGUUUGGCUAUUAAUCCACUUGGUACACUUAUAGCAAGUGCAAGUUCUAAAGGAACCUUGAUCAGAAUCUGGGAUACUUCUCAUAAAGUCAAAGUUGCUGAAUUAAGACGUGGUUCAGAUACAGCAACAUUAUACUGCAUAAACUUUAGUCCUAAUUCAGAAUUUUUAUGCUGCUCAAGUGACAAGGGCACGAUUCAUAUAUUUGCAGUGAUAGAAUCUGACUUAAAUCGCCGAUCUAGUCUAUCACCAUUUAGUUUUUUCAGUUCUUACUGUCAGUCACAGUGGGCUUUGGCUACUUUUACAGUACCUCCUGAAGUGGGCUGUAUUUGCACUUUUUUGACUCUAGAUACUGUUGCUGCUAUUUGUCUUGAUGGUACUUAUCACAAGUUUGGAUUUUCCAAAGACGGUACUAGCAGACGUAAAGCGUUCCAAAUAUAUUUGCACAAUUGUGAAGAUGAAGAAAUUUAAAUUUAUUUUUGAUCUAGAUUUCCCAUAAUAUAUAAUUAAUACUUUUUACUUAUUGUAAGUCACUCCUAAUAAUUUUUAAAAUAAAUUUAGGUGACAAUCAUAUAAAAAAAGAUAAAGAUUUAAUAGAUUUAUAUAAAUAUUUUUUUAAUACAUUAUGUACAAUGCAAAUAUUAUGCUUUUUUGUUUUAAAAUUUUAAUUUAGUUAGUUCCAAAAAUAAUGUUCUUUUUUAUUAUACAUUUUCUAUAUCUUAUAGAUUUGUAAAUAUUUGUUCUUAAUUUGGUACUUAAUUUUAAUGAUGAACUAUAUUGUAUGUUGAAUUCAAAUUUUAUUACUUUAUAUGCAAAUAUAUUUUUAUUUUUUAAUUUAUAGUUAAGAACAAUUCAUAUUAUUGUACGUUUUCUCAGCUUAAUAUUAUGUAAUAACUAUUAUCUUGAAAACAAAUAAAAUUUAUUGA